AUGUAUGAGGUUAGUACAAUUCACAGCCGCAUCUUACAUGCAAUCCAUUUCUUCUACUGUGGGUCACGAAUAGAGGCGGUAGUCCGGGACCUGAUUUAUAUAAAAAAGGAGCAGGAGCCUGGAGGUGGGACCCUUAAACGGAAGAAGGAGUUGGGUGGGGAGCGCGCCGAGCCUGGGAGGACGCGGCGCCCGCAGUGGCCUGGUCGCCGGGGGCUCCGUCUGCUCCUCUGCUUCCUGCUGCUGCACAGCCGCCCAGGGGGCUGCAGAGACAUUAGUGGCCACGAUGGUCAGGACCAAGUGGGAGUGGGGCAGCUCUGGCCCUUCCUAGGACUUAACCCGAUCUUCCAGAACUUGCAUGUUGUACUCCAGCAGAUUGUGCCUCAAGGCUGCAACCUUGUCGCUGAUUAA